GCUCUUGCGGCACGCGCUCGUAUUUGGCCUCACUCGCCGACUCAGACUACCGACAUAUACGCGGUGCCUGCACUGGACACGGCGCACGAUGGGGUACAACAACAUGGCGAUCACCUUUCUCGGCACCAGCAGCGGUGGCGGACCAACCGAACAUCGUAACUGCUCCUCCCUCCUCGUCGACUGCUGUGGCAAUGGCGAACUAUGGAUGGUCGACUGCGCCGAGGGCACAACGCGUCAGUUCAUGUUCGCGCGCGAUGUAAGGCCCAUGCAAGUCAAGAAGAUAUUCAUCACACACAUGCAUGUCGACCAUGUCAUGGGCAUCAUCGGCUUCCUCCGCAACGUCCUCUUCCCCCUCCCCGUCCUCGGCUCCGGCCCCGAUCGCGAUCCCAAUGCACCGCCCAAAGUGCACGUCUACGGCCCCGCCGGCAUCCGCAACUUCAUUCGCACCAUCUUCAACAUGACAGAGUCCAACUCGGGCGAUCGUUACGUGGCGCACGAGCUCCUUCGCCCAGGCGACGCCACCACCUCUUGCGCGCCGGACGUUUUGCAUAUGAGCGAGGCGCCUGGGCUGGACAUCGCCUCAGGAGAGGACGGGCUGUGGAGAGGCUUCCUGUCGGCGCCUGGAACCUACGGCGACAUUGUGGUCGACGCGGCGCCUAUUGCGCAUAGAGUCCCCUCCUUCGGCUACGUCUUCCGCGAGACGGCGCCACCCCUCCGCAAGCUCGUCGUCCUCGGCGACACGAGUGACCCCGCGCCCGUCGCGCCGCUGUGCAGGGACCCGCCGCCGAGUGUGCUGGUGCAUGAGGCCACCGACGCCCACAUCCCCCCCUCCAUCGACCGGCGCCAACGGCGGGAGCCCGACGUCGUGCUCCAACGCACGCUCGCCAGGGGGCAUAGUAUUCCUGCCAUGGCCGGCGCCUUUGCGCGGGAGGUAGGGGCGGAGAGGCUGGUGUUGAAUCAUGUGGGUGGGCGGUUCCCCUUUCCGGCGGACUCGACCACCGACUGGAAGGCGCGCAUCAUGCGCGAGUUCGAGCGGCAGGCGACGGAGGCGUGGGUGGGGGUUGGAGACCCCCGCCACAAACCCGCCCGGCGCGCGAUCGUCGCCGCCGACUUCAUGAGAGUGGAGGUGUGCCCCGAGUGGGGAAGGUUCGACCCCCAAAACCCCCAAGGGGGCACGAACGGUGCACACCAAGGUGGCACGAACGGUACACACCAAGGUGGCACGAACGGUACACACCAAGGUGACAUGCACGGUACACACGCGCCGACAAGAAACGGCCCUCGCGAGGUCAUCGACGUUGAUAUGGAGUACGAGGCAAAUGGGAUCCCCAUCCCAUUCGAGGGCGGGCUCCACUCCCUCGCCGCGUCCCUCACCACGUCCCUCACCACGUCCCUCCCACCCCCAACACUCCUCCCAAACACAACACUCCUCCCAAACACAACCCCUCUCCCAAACGCCGGCCUCCCCUCGCGAAUCCCCCCCGCGCCCCCCGCGCGCUACGGGCAGAGCGAGGUCGCGUUGUCGGCGAGGCAUGUGAAUCGGGGCGGUGGGGGUGGGCGCGAGGAUAGGCGAAGGGGGGAUGGCGGCGAGAGGAGGGGGGAUGGCGGCGAGAGGAGAGGAGAUGGCGGCGAGAGGAGGGGGGAUGGUGGCGAGAGGAGAGGGGAGGGGAGAAGGGGCGGGGAAGGUCAGCGAGGGGGUAGCAACUGGGGCGAUCAGGGCGGGAGUGGCGGCCGCGACUAUCACACCUCGUCCCGCCACCAUGAUCCCCGGGGCGAUGGCACAUCCUCCCACCAUGGCACAUCCUCCCACCAUGGGUAUCAGUCCCACCAUGGGUAUCAGUCCAGACGCGGCGAUACGCCCUCCCGCCGCGGUGAGCCCUACCCGCCUCGGGGUGGACGACGCGGGAAGACGCCCUCCGCAGACGAGCCGGGGCGGCGGAGGUAGCACGUAGAAAAGGAGUGGAAGAGGAGUUGAGAAGGGGAGCGGGGGGCAAGGGGGGAGAAGGGGAGGGAGAGAGGGAGAAGGAGGGAGAGAGGGUAGUAGGGGGGAGAGGAGUGGGGGGAGAGGGAGAGGGAUGAGGGGUGGGAGAAGGAGGGUGAGGGGAGAAGAGAAGGAGGUGGAUCUUGUUACAUCUGUUGUACGCAUUUUUUGCCCUAUCCUGAAUAUCCGGCUGAGCAUCCAAUUGUCAACGCACCUUUAUGGGAUCCUCGAGUUGAUUCCCGUUGCGAGGACACGAAGGUCUUGCACUGUUAGCGCGUCGACGCCUGAAUCCUCCUCUCCCUUUCGCGUGAUCGAACGCAAAGGACCUUCAGCCGGAUUUUCGCCUGUCGACCUUCCCAAGAUUGGCGCUUCCUCUCCCUCUCCCGCGACGUUCAACAAUCCAAGCA